AUGCGGGGAUACACAGAAUCUCGAAUUCUCUUCGAUUCACUCCCGAACAACUUCAAGGAAAUCACCAUUCAGACGAAGAUACUGGUUGGCAAAGGCGUCGCAUAUUGCAAUGCAGAUCCCGAUGAAUGCGCGCUACGGAAAGCGGCAGUAUGGGGAAAGGAAUCUGCGGUGGAACUUUUCCUCACCGGUGACCAACACACCCCUGAAGAAGCCGCUAAUGCCUACGAACUGCUGCAAAUUGGGACGAUGCGUCCGGAGGUGAUGGACAUUCCCUUGGGAAUCGAAGGCCUGAAAUACUUCAGAAGAGCUCAAAGAGUCAGGGACGAGGCGAACAUCAAGGCUCGACAACUUGCCGUGAAUCGGAAGUGCUUCGAGAGUAUCGAGGACAUUAUCGAAUUGGAGAAUCUUGUGAACGACCGGAAAGCGCUAGAAUUCGUCCAGCAAUGUUACGCGAUAUGCGUCGCCCACAAGUUCCCCAACCUGCCUUUCAGCGAUCCGCUGGGCAUCUACGACCUCCAGACGUGGAUGUUUUACUACCUAGAAAGUUACCGAGACGUGAUCUGUUUGUUCCUAAGCAUCGAGCUGGAGGACCGUCGAUUCUUCCAUAACAAGUACAGAUCAGCGAUCGCGAGGCUACUUCUCGAAAGUUCCCCACCUGAUUGGACGGAGAUCGUGAUGAUCUUCCACACUCUUAGCUAUAUGGGGUAUCAGUCAAAUACAGCCAUUGAAAUAUUCCGUGGCAUUGAUCUCGACCAACUGAAGGUAACAUUGGAGUCAGCUGAUUUCCCCCGGAAUGGAUGCAGCUUACUCUUGAGCUACAUUGCCGAUGUGAUGCAAUCGACGGUUCUGGAAGUAUUACUCGAAUACGUGGAACUCCUUCUGACGCUUGGGGCUGAAGUCAGCCUGACCAGUCGAGAGCACAGGGCCAUCGAAGAGCAGAUGGCGAGUUGUGCCGGGAAAAAAAUGUGGUGGCUGCCUCCUGACGAGACUGGCUACGUCAAGAGUGAAGACGCUUUCGAUCCCACAACGCUGCAUCGUUUGCUCGCUGCCUGCUCGAUGUGGCAGCAAAGCCAUCGUUUCAAGCUGACAAUCGAGAGCGUUCUGAACGCUGCUUGUUGCCCCAUGGACGCACAAAACUUUUCGCGCGUUAAAAACCGAAAUUUCGGUGUUCUGCGACUGAAAUGUCUCGCUGCGAAGAAAUGCUCUCGCGCAGUUUGCGCUAUGCUCCCCGUAACUCUCGUGCACUUCGUCAGGAAACACAGAUGA